GUAGCGGGUGCGCGCAUGGCGCUGAGCGAUCUCUGGAGAAUUAUUCAUCAACGCUCUGAGUCUGAAACUUUGACUUUAUUCUGUGUUUUUUGGACGCGUGUCACGGUGUGAACAGAAAAUACUGACUGACGGGUGGCUAAAUGGAUUGAGACAGUCUGGCGAGAGAAAGAAUAAGAGAAGUGAGAGAGAGAGAGAGGGGGAGAGAGAGAGUGGGGACUAAUAAUCCCGCUAAUCCAGGCCAAUCCCAGCCGCUCAAACUCAGACGACUCACAGACAAAACACAGCGGAUCACACGCACGCCUGAUGCGCUUUAGACCGGGUGUUUUGGGGGAUUCUGGGACGCCGAACGGCCUGCGGUGGGAUUCAUAAACACUAACACAUCGGAUCAGGGCGACAGUGGAAGACAGGUGUGCCGGGACUGAAGAAAAAGCACAGCGCUGCAAGUCACAAAUCUAACGGAAAGCCAAAUCUUUGGAGAAACAGUGCAUGUUCAAAAAGAGACAUAAGAGGUGAUGAAGGAGCAAAACGGAUGUUUGGAAGAAGUCUCUAAAAGCAGUGUGCUGUUUUUUAAAGACAUUUUUUGCAAGAAAGCCAUUUUUUUCCACUAUCAGAGAGAGUGCAGGGUUUUUGUGCUCACUGGAAGGUGUUUAAACUCUUGGUAAAUCCUAUUAGGCUUCUUUACGGGGUUAUUUUUAAACUCCGGGUCGGGAUGGGCAGCGGCUCACGGACUGAUGGUGCUCGUGCAGUACAGGAUGAAUGCGUGUCUAUAUGAACUCUUGAUGAAUAUGUAGAUGGUAUUUAUUAGUAGAUGUGCUGUCAUCACGAUCUCGAUGGCACUCGUAUCAGAACAGCCGAGAGUUUGUCAAAACUGACAUUUUUUUGCAGAGUAUUAUAAUCAAACAGAGUUGUUGUGUUUUUUUGCACAUCUAGAAGUUUGAAUCUGAAAAAAACAACACUUUUAAUUAACCUAUGCUGUUUUGUUUAAUUAAUGCAUUUAAGCUUACAGCAUUAGGAAAUUUAUUUGAGCAUUUUGGAUCUCAUUAAUACUAAUUAUUUCACAUUAAUUUAGUGUUUUUUUAAUCUGGAUUUAUUCAGUUAUUUGAUUGAUUCCUUCAACUAUCACUGGAAUUUGUUUGUAUUUUUCAGAUUUCUUUAAAUAUUUUUUUCUCUCUUUUUUAUCUGUCUAGGGAUUACUUUAGCAUUGUUUUAGUUGCAUUUAUCUGUGUGUUUUUUUGUAGUAUUUUUCUGAUAUUUUUUUUUCUCUCUGGAACUUUUUAAAAAAUAUAUUCAACAUUAUUUUAGCAUUUAUUGAGCUUCGCUUAUCAGGGUAUUUUAUUGCUUCGUCAAACUAGUGUUAAGCAUUUUUUAUAUGCUCUUCCACCAUCUGUUUUAAGGAUUAUUCAACAUUAAUUUGGCAUUUAUUGAAUCAUUUAUCGUUUUUAUCUGGGUAUUUUAUAGCUUCAUAAAACGAUCUCUCUCUUUCCGGAUCCGUUUUGGGGAUUAUUUAACAUUAGUUUAGCCUCUAUUAUGACCCAUUUAUCUGUAAAUGUUUGAUUGGACGUUUUUUUUAGACACCUUCUAUCUUUCCACCACCUUUUGGGGAAUUAAUUUACUACUUAUGCUGCAUUUACAGUAAGUCCAACGUCUGUUGGACUUACUGCACAUCAUCAUCAACAGCUUGCUAUAUUUUUGACAGCCAUUUUGGAUCUUCUUUAAGGAUCAUAUAAAUCCAAUAUUUCUCGUCAUGAGUCUGGGAAAGCUGCCGGCGAUCAAAGGCCUGGUGUCCACGUCUCAUGCCAAACGGCGGUUUAAAAGCGACCUGUCGGUGGACAUGAUCAGCCCGCCGCUCGGCGACUUCCGCCACACGAUGCACGUGGGCCGCGGCGGAGACGUCUUCGGAGACACUUCGUUCCUGAGCAACUACGGCGGAUCGGCUAACAACGAUGGUUACCCAGAUUCACCCACUGGCUCCAGAACGACACGUUUUUUGUCUCGAACUCUACAGCACGUAAGGAAACCCCCCAUGCCCCGGAUGAGGGGGGGGUCACGUGACUUCUCGUCCCCCCCGCCGCCCAUCUCGCCCAUCAUUAAAAACGCCAUCUCGCUGCCUCAGCUGAACAUGACCAACGAUGGCCUGAUGAGGUCGCUGCUGCCCACCUCCACCAGCUCGUCUGACGAGCCGCUCUGCUCAUACGGUCAUCGUUCGGGUUUCAUCACGCUGCCUCGUUCAUCACGACUGGACCAAAGCUUUGCAGAAACGCCUGAACUGCUCAGUGAAGACAGUCGACAGAGUUCCCUACCGGAGAACAGUGACGUCUCCAUGACACGAUCUGAUUCGCUCUCGUCCUUCACGGUGGACCUCGGCCCCUCCCUCAUGAGCGAGGUUCUGGAGUUGAUUGACAGCUCUUGCUGCCUCAUUACGAGCCGUCAAGAGGAAGAGGAGGAGCCAAGCUCUGUGUUUGAGAUGGAUCAUAAUGGGCCGGAGACUAACACUUUAAUCAGGCGUCCAAUCACAGCAGACGCCGGGAUCGAGCCCAAGAAGUUCCAGCAGGCUGCUAGCAUGCUAACACGUCACUUUGGAGGAGGAAGAUCUGAAGAGGAGCGGCAGAGAGCUUCAUCUUUCAGACACACAAGGACACCGUACAGCUUCACUGAGGCGGAUGAAGAAAUCAAAGUAUGAAGAUCAGUUAAGAUAUUUAAAACCAGUUGGAUUUCAAAGACAAUUUAGUUUUUAAUAAAAGGAUCUUUUCUUAAAAUUCUUAAAUCCAUCCAAAUUUUAAAAUUAGGAAAUAAGGAUCCAUUUUCACAUUUUAAAGGACCUGAAAGAGACAUGCUAUACAGUCUGUUCAUGAAUGGAGAGUAUUUCCCUAACUACGAGCACCAUUGUGAUGAACCAACAUUCAGCUGUACAUGUCUUUCUUUGUCAUGCAAUUAAACUUGCAAUCGAGUGUAUUU